AUGUACGGACAGCAACCAAUAAUUGUUUUGAGCCAAAAUACAAAACGUGACUCCGGCCGGAAAGUUCAACUUGAAAAUAUUAACGCUGGAAAGACGAUAGCGGACGUUAUACGAACAUGCCUUGGGCCUCAAGCUAUGUUAAAAAUGUUGAUGGACCCCAUGGGAGGGAUCGUAAUGACAAACGACGGUAACGCUAUCCUCAGAGAAAUCACUGUCCAGCAUCCAGCAGCAAAAUCCAUGAUAGAAAUUGCCAGAACUCAAGAUGAAGAGGUUGGUGAUGGAACAACAUCAGUCAUUGUGUUAGCUGGAGAAAUCUUAGCUGUGGCAGAACCUUUCCUGGCUCAAAACAUCCACCCCACCGUUAUCAUCAGAGAGUAUAGACAGGCUCUAGAGGAUGCUGUUAAACUGCUUCAAGACAAAAUCUCUGUACCAGUUGACCUGAAUGACAGAGAUAAGAUUAAAGAAGUUAUUCGCUCUUGUGUCGGCACAAAGUAUAUUGGGCGUUGGGCUGACCUUGCUGUCGACAUAGCCUUAGAUGCUGUGAACACUGUGACGAUCAAUGAUAAUGGCAGGAUUGAGGUUGACAUUAAGAACUAUGCUAAAGUAGAGAAAAUUCCCGGUGGCACCGUAGAAGAAUCUAAAGUACUCAGUGGUAUUAUGCUUAACAAAGAUGUGACACAUCCUAAAAUGAAGCGUUUCAUUGAGAACCCAAGGAUUCUUCUUUUGGAUUGUCCCCUUGAGUACAAGAAGGGAGAGAGUCAAACUAACAUUGAGAUUGUCGGAGAACAGGACUUUACAAAACUACUGCAAUUAGAAGAGGAGCAUGUACAGAGACAGUGUGCGGACAUCAUUGCCUUGAAACCUGACAUCGUUUUUACUGAGAAGGGAGUCUCUGACUUGGCACAGCAUUAUUUAGUUAAGGCUGGCAUCACAGCUAUUCGCAGACUGCGUAAGACGGACAACAACCGCCUUGCAAGAGCAUGUGGAGCGACCAUAGUAAACCGUACCGAAGAACUGAAAGAGAGCGAUGUGGGCACACAGGCUGGACGUUUCGAAGUCAAGAAGAUCGGAGAUGAGUACUUCACAUUUGUCACCGAGUGUAAGAACCCCAAGGCUUGCACUAUUCUGCUACGUGGAGCAUCCAAGGACGUGUUAAACGAGAUUGAAAGGAAUCUUCAGGACGCUUUACACGUUGCUAAGAAUUUGGUGUUAAAUCCACGAUUAGUGGCUGGUGGUGGCGCAGUAGAAAUGGCAGUAUCUCAGGCGUUGUCAGCCAACGCCUCACACAAUACACCAUACAGGGCGGUUGCUACAGCACUCGAGAUAAUACCGCGCACGCUAGCGCAAAACUGCGGCGCGAACACGAUCCGCACUCUGACAGCGCUGCGCGCUCGUCACGCGGCUGGUGCCAGUGUUGCCAGCACCGCGGGAAUCGAUGGUGAAACUGGAGAAAUCGUGGACAUGGCAGCAAAAGGCAUCUGGGAGCCAUUAGCUGUCAAGUUGCAGGUAUACAAAACGGCAGUAGAGACAGCAAUAAUGUUGCUCCGGAUCGAUGACAUCGUUUCCGGUUCAAAGAGGAAGGAUGGAAAGGAACCCGCUACGCCCGCGCAGAUGGCACAACAAGAAUAA